AUUCCUACUUGACAUAUCAUAUGUGUUCUGUGUAUUUUUUAACGUUUUCGAUUAUCUACAAUUUGAAAUAUCAUUUCAGUUAUUGUUAAUUAAGCCAUUGCCCACUAGUAAAAAACGAAAAUAAUAGUUAUGUAUAAUAGACUAACAAAAAGUGCGUUACUGUUGCUGUGAAAACCAAUCCGUAUUUUAAAAAAACCUGAAAAAUGUUGCCGGUUCAACCUAACCUACCUAUUACAUUCACGUAUAAAGAUCUCCUUUUCAGGAAAUUGUACAGUGCGAUUCUUUGUAGUGUUUCUUCGCAACUGCUGAUCUUACAUGUUUGCUUAAUAAUUAUUAAUGGGGAUCCAUUCAAUCCAUUGUCAUGGAUAAGGACAUCAUUUGAUACAGUAACUUCGUUUACUGCUUGGCUAUAUGUUAUACCACAUAUGACAAUUAUUUUCGCUCAGUGUCUUAUUUGUGCCAAAGACUAUGUGCUACGUCCUACGUUUAGUAGCAAUAGAUUCUACAAGUUUCUUUCUGUAUUCUCCCUGCAUAAUUUUGUAUUAGUAUUGUUACACAGUCUUGUUGGAAUUGUGCAAGUAUGGUUAGUACUGUCAUUAGUGGGAGGUGAAUUUAAAAGAAUGACCAGAGUUAAUGAGGAAAAUAUCAUUUGUUUGGUAGAAGAAACUAUGUUUUUGCAACUUGGUGGACUUUGGGUAGGAUUGUACUACUUUGCUAGUGUGUAUAUUUCAGACAAACAUUUAACUUUUCCAAUUAUUCAACAAAAAAAAUUAACCCAGUUCAAAUCCAGUGUCAUACCACUUCUAAAAGGAAGUUUCAAACAAGCUGUAUGGCCAUGUAUGUACUUUACACUAUUUUAUAAUUUAUGUGGUAGUAAUAUCAAGGAAAAUGUGGCAUUUAUGUUUAAUUUACAGAUCAAUGAAAGUUUCCACUUGAAAUUUUAUUUUUUCCACUUAUUAUUUUCUGCACUAUAUUUUUUCAAUAUGAAUUUAAUUAAGUUGUUUUUUAGUUUAUUUUUAACUGAGUCUGUGGAAUUUCCUUUAAUUAAACUGAAUGAAAAUGUUCUUACAUUACAAGAAUCGGUUAAACUAGAAAAACUUCCCAUUGUUCAAAGUUUAGCAUGCUUAGAUCUUUAUAGACUUUCGCUAUGGUCUCCCAUGAGACGUCAGUUACUGUUUACAUUAUCACAACCUGGUGAACACCCACACAAUUGGAAUUCUUUGAUAGAAAAUAUUCUAGAUUUAUAUAAUUCUUACAUAAACCUGCUAACUAAGUCCUCGGAGGGUAUAAAUGAAGCCACAAUCCCAAAUACUAUUGCAUCAAUUCACUGCCAGACUCCAAUACCUAAUAAAUUCAAAAAUUUGCGAAAUAUGACAUCUCCCUAUUAUCCUGGAGAAAGUCCACAAUUAUUGGAAGUUAAUUCUCCCCUACGGAAUAAAAUUAUUCCUGAACAACCUGUAGAAAGUGUUUUCUUGAAAUUUAAGAAUAAAUUGAUUAAUUUUAUGGCAGCUUGUAAAGCUUUCUUUGGCAUUAACUAUAUAUUUGGUGAGAUACCUCAGGCUCACAUGCAGAAAUGUUUAUCUGAUGUACAUUUGAUCAUUUGGAGCUCCCAAGGGCUUGCAGAACUUAUAUGCGCUUCAAUCAGAGAAGACCAGUAUGGUGUGGUUCAAAAAGAUUUGCCAAAUAUUAUUUCAACCAUGGUUCGAUUGAGUCAGGCUUUAGAUAAAUUGAAUAAAGUACCAACAUUAAUAAAGAAAAUGGUUAGUAAUGAAAACUCAAAUUGUAAUACAAAAAAUGCCAUUUCCUCAUCUUUGAAGAGAAGUUUAUUUUCAAUAUGUUAUACUUUUAAGGAUUACCUAUAUGAAAUCCCACUGAGUAAAGAAAUUGGCUCUUAUUUGAAUUCCAAUAUAAUUGUUAAAAACUGACUAAUGAGAUUAUAAAUUUGUACUUCAUUAAGACUCGAAAAUAUUUUAGUUAAGAAACCAUUUUUUGUUAUUUAUUGUUUUGCUUAUUCAAUUUUUGAAAUAUUGUUACAGUCAAUAUUCUACACUGUUUUAUCAAAUAAACUGUUUGAAUACAUUAUUUUAUUAAAAUGAUUCUAUUUUUAAA